AUUUUGUCCUCAGACGAUGAUUGUCGGCAAGUGGAGAUGAAUCCAACAGUAACAGGCUUCUUUCUAAUUGGCCACGUGUUUAAGACCAUGGAGAUAAAAGCAGCCAGUGCCUGUGAAGUAAAUUGUUACAUGGAGAAUAACUGUAUAUCCUACAAUAUAAAACCUCUUCCGGAUGGGGAAUAUUUGUGUGAAUUGAGUGAUUCCGAUGAUGUUGCUCAUCCAUUCAAUAUGAGAUACAGAGAAGGGGCUAUGUACAAAUCAUUUAAGGUGAAUCAUUAUUACUCGAGCUCAAACAGAUUGUAUUCAUGCCACAAGUAAUGGUAGGGUGUAAUUAAAGACAUUUCAGAUGAGAAGCCUGAAAAAAUUCAGGCAUCAACGAGAUUCGAACCUAUGUCCAAUAGUAACUAUAUUACCUCUGUACUCCAUUUGGUUGCAUCCAUGGAUGAAUGGAUAUGAGCGUGAAUGGAUUCAUAGAUAUGUAGAUGGAAAUUACCAGCAUUGAUGCUUGCAUGGAUGCAUGGGUGAUAAAAGCAUUGACAGAAAUAAUGUUUGCUUUAUUUUGCAAUUUUGCAGAACGUUUGUUUCAAAAAUCCUUGCCCAGUAGCUCAGAGUUGUCAAACUGGCUUUCCUCGUGAAGAUUAUCGUUGUGUAUGCACGAAUGGACUGAUGGGACAAAACUGUAACGAAGGUAUGUUGAUCGACUGAUUUGUCUGUCUAUUUAUUAGUUUGCGUUUUAUAUGAGUCGUAAGUCUCGACUGAGAUUGUUCAGAAUCAAACUAAUAAGAACUUUAGGAGAGCCUACCGUAUAUCUUAAACUGUUGCUGGACAAUGAAAAAGAACAGUUUACCGAUAACACCUGUGAAACUGACCAGAAUAAGUCUUAUGCAUGCGUUGUUACGUUGAGUGUUUUCGCGUGAGAAAAAUUGAUUUUAUGCUUUCAAGUAUAGUUACCUUUGUAACAGGUAAUAGGACUUGGCGUCGUUCAGUUCUGUGUAUUCGUUCCGCUGUCUUCUGAUUUAGUUUAACACUCGUAAUACAAUAAACUGAAUUGCUUUAUACCUAGACUUCCAAUCAACAAAACGAGCACUGUGAUUGGUUGAUUCUUGGUCACGCGCCCCUGAUCAAAUUCAAAUGUAUCUCGACCGGGAUUCAAUUGCGCAGUUGUUGCCCGAGCGCCGAAUAUAACAGCAUGUUUUUGCCAUAUGAUUGUCUAAGAGAAAGUCUUAAUAAAUAUCAAAGCACUUAAUGUAUGGUCCCUCGGGAAACGGAUUAGUUUUGUUUUCCCUCGAGUCCUGAUUUUCCCGAAACGAAGUCGAAGGAAACAUCAGGACUCGUGGAAAAAUAAACCAACUGUUUCCCUCGGACUAUACAUUAAGUGUACAUUAUACUCCACUUACUUUUUGCCGGGUAUUACGGUGUCACCCAGGCCACCAAAUUAGAUACUUAUGCUGAAUAUUUAUUUCUUAGUCCUUCUUUCAGCCAUCUAUGAGGUCACCAGUAAGAUGAGAAAUAGGAGUUGAAUAUAAUUAGCUAGUAACAUAAGCAAGCCAGUACACUGUGAGUUGUUCUGUGGCAAGCUAAGUUAUAAAAAUAAAGCACUGGUACAUAGGUUAUUGUGAGGUAAUUACAACCUUCAUUUAAAUUAAAUUAAUUAAUUUUCAAAUGGCCGCCAGUUCAGCUAUCUACAAUUUAGUUCGACUUCAUAUGACUUUUUCCAAGAUAUGUCCGUUUUGAUUCUAGGACUACCAUCAGUACGAGUUGCUCCUGAUAAAAUCGAAACUGUGGAGGGUAGAAAUGUUUCCAUGACGUGUAACGCGACUGGUAAUCCGUUGCCACAUUCAGUUACGUGGAGCAAGGCUCAAGGACUGCAACCUUCUUCAAGAAGCUUCGAAGAUGGAGGAAGUCUGACUAUGAUAAACAUCUCUGCAUUAGACAGUGGUUCCUACCUGUGUACUGCCACAAACAUUUGGGGUAAAAAAUCAUCUGCAGUUAACCUCCGGGUGUAUUCAACUCUCAAGUUUACCAUCAAACCCCCAUCGAAUAUAACUGUAAAGGCUCAUGAAACUCUCACGCUGUCGUGUUCUGCUUCAAGCGACCUGUUACCAACGAUGGCGUGGAUGUGGAAUGGGACCUCGUCAUUACCUUCAGGCGCGGGUAUUGAUUCCUCCAAUAACUUGAUAGUUUCACCUGCUAACUUCACCCAUGUAGGUAACUACACGUGCAAUGCGUCUAAUGCAUUGAGCUCUAUUCAAACAAGUGUCAUCGUUUACGUCAAGUACCCUGAAACCUGCGCUAAAGUGAAGGCCAACAUCAGUGACGUCAGUGCUGAUUACUUCAUUGAUCCAGACGGUGUUCUUGGCGAUGAUCCAUUUCCUGUUUACUGCAACAUGACUGACAAAGGAGGUGUUGGAGUGACAGUUGUCAGUCAUGACAGCGAGAACAGGACACACGUGGAUGGUUUUGAACCGCCUGGUUCAUAUUCCCUUGGUAUCGAUUACAACCCCGCCAGCAUUUCUCAGUUAAAGGUUCUAACAGACCUUUCCACCAAUUGCCAACAGUUCAUCAAAUAUGAGUGUCUGGACUCUAGAAUUAGAUCGUCUAAAUUUGCAUGGUGGGUGUCACGUGACGGUGAAGAAAUGUUCUACUUUGAUGGGGCCAAUCCAGGGUAUGAUGGCUGCGCCUGUGGAAAGAACAACUCGUGUGUCAAAGCGUCGAAAGUUUGUAACUGUGAUGAGAAUUCACAGAUAUGGCGAGUGGACAGCGGUCUUCUGACAAACAAAUCCCACCUUCCCGUCAUUCAGUUGAGGUUUGGUGAUACGGGAAGCUAUUAUAUCAGCAAUGGAGAUUUCCGACCUGAAGAAGGAUAUCACACUUUGGGAAAAUUGGAGUGCUAUGGAAUAAACUGA